GGUUGUCUAAGGGACUGUUGCACGGGUAGACUUCCUUUCGCUCCGACAUCUUGACGAGGAAACAUGCCUCCUAAGCAGGACAAGAAAAAGGAUGCUGGGAAGUCCAAGAAGGACAAGGACCCAGUCAACAAGUCUGGAGGCAAAGCCAAGAAGAAGAAGUGGUCCAAGGGAAAAGUGAGGGACAAGCUCAACAACUUGGUCCUCUUCGACAAGGCAACCUACGACAAGUUGUACAAAGAAGUUCCUAACUACAAGCUCAUCACGCCCGCUGUUGUGUCGGAAAGGCUGAAGAUCCGUGGCUCCCUCGCCAGGAACGCCCUCCAGGAACUGCUCGCCAAAGGCAUGAUCAAACUGGUGUCCAAACACAGAGCUCAGCUGAUUUACACGCGUAACACCAAGGGUGGAGAUGAGGAGGCAGCAGCAGCAGAGAAAGCAUAAUCAGGUUCUCCUACAUGUUUCCUGUGAGCUGUUUGUUAUGAAUGGUGUAAUAAAAUUGUAAAGACAAAACACA